AUGAACGGCUGCCGACCUGCGUACCCAUGCAUCNCAAUACAACGGGGCUAUGGGUGUCCUUGCUGUGCCUCUUGCUUCUCAACACGAGAAAGCCUGGUGCGACAUCAAAAUCAAUGCCAUAAGGGUGAUCCAGCCACCACCGAGAAGCCACGAAAGGUCUGGAUGCAGCGGCUCAGAAAAGGAGGACUGGGCUCGAGCUAUGUGGAGGUCCAGUAUUCCAAGCGAUCCAAGAGACGUCGUGUGGACGCGCAAUCCUUCUUAUCCUUGCUCGAGGCUCAGAAAAAAAAGGACUUUGGCGUCAACUCGAUACGACUCCAUCCGGUUUAUCAGAUCCUGGGCCUUGGGGUGCUGCUCGACCGGUUGUCACUGAGCCAAGUCAGAGAGCUGGGUUGCAGCGAGGUCAACUCGACCCUACUCUCAGUCAUGCACGGUCUUUUGGACAAGACGUACGAAAACAUGUUGUGCUACACGACGGCUCGUGAGGUCCUUGGAAAACUGUACACCAAGUCGGGAGACGUGUUUACGGCCCGAUAUUAUCAAAAAGUCAUGCAGCACACCUACGAUCGCUACAUGAUUGUGGCUACGCGCUACGUGCAGUACCUCCUACAAGUACGGCGCCGGGGCGACGAGGUUCCAGGUCGAAUCAGUGACGAGCUGGCAAAAGCUUUGGACGACGUGGAAGUGGCCCAAGGUCAAAACAACCAUGUCAUGACGCUGUCCGAGGCGCUGACCAAUGUGUG